AAAUAUAUAGAAUAGUUAACAAAUAUCAAAGCUUAUAUUAUGUUGCAUGUUCUUUGACCUCCAAAAAAAUCUUACUAAAAUGUAUGUCCAUAUUUCAUUCUUUUCGUGCAGGUGAAAUGUUGACCUACACAGCUCUUCGUGACCAAAUAGCUCAGACAGGGGGUUACCAGGGCCAGCCUGUGACCAUCAGUGAUGUAGAUGAAACAAACUUCAUCCGUACCAAAGAUGCCCUCAUUGGUAGUCUCUUGGAGAAGCUGAAGCAGAGAUUUCCCAGUGAGACUAUGCAUGUGAUGAAGAGUUUCGAUGCCAUUUUCUCACCAAAGCUGUACCCAGAAGAGUAUAGUGCCAUGUCAGCCUACGGGAAGGAGGACCUGAAACAACUGCUGGACCACUACCAACCAGCUGAUAUGAAUGCUGACAUCAUUUUAAACAGGGACAGAUGUUUCAGAGACUUCCUGCAGUUCAAACACCACACUCGCCUUCACAGACGUAUGGGGUUUGCAGACUACAUUCAACUUGUGGUCACAACUCUAGGAGAAGAGUACCCAGACUAUGUUGUCUUAGGGCAGUUGGCCCUGUGUGUUCCUCUCAACAGUGCAUCUUGUGAACGCGGAUUUUCCUCUCAAAACCUCACAAAAAACAAGGCCAGAAACCGCCUAGGUGAACAAACUCUCCAGGACAUUAUGAAGAUCAGUAUCAAUGGCCCACACUUUGCUCAGUUUGAUUAUACUGAGGCAGCCAGGAAAUUCAGGGCCAUUAAAAACAGAAGGAAAUAGACACAAGUUAAUGCACAAAAUUUAAUGUUAAACCAACAAGUGUGCCACUUUAGUGUUACUAGCAAUAAACAUUUUGUGUUAGUGUUCACAGUUGUUCAUCAAGUUUAUAUAGUUCUUUAAACUGUUAGCAUUUUCUGUGUCCUGUAUGAACAAAUGUUCAUGAUAAAAACCGUAAACUCUAA